AUUGGCGGGCAAGGGCCACGGAGCCCCCCGCCCCAUGGCCGACGACGGGCUGACGAGACGAGACGACGGCCUGACGAGACGAGAGGCCGGGCGGGCGGGCGGCCCCUGAGGCCUAGCAGCCGGUCCUCACGCCAAGGCCGCCGCGCGGGGGCCGAUGGGAAUCUCCCUCCCAUCACCGCCAGUUUGGUUCUCCACAUUCAACCCUCUCCUGAAAAAGGCCUAUUGUUCUGGGCAGCCCCCACGUGCCUGUAGUACUCCGUAGGUGACCCUGUGAAGAAGGAGGAGGAGUGAGUUGUGUCAAUGGGGCCUUCAUUUGACCUUUAACCCCCGCCCCACCAACGACAGUUGCUGGAGAAUGCUGCCCGAGGCUGGAGGGUAUCGCUUCCCUUGGGAAGUCAGCUCUGGCCUCAUCCCCGAAGGAACCGCAGUAAGAACCUUUGGCAGGUUGCACCACUACGACGUGGUCCGGUCCAGGGUGGUCCUGAGGGCCCAGCGUGGGCCGACCCAGCACAACGUCCUGGUCAGCAGCCGGCUCGUGGAGCCUUUCCGAGCCCAGACGGGGUCGUUGUACAUGGUGCUGGGGGAGUUCCUCCACGGAGAAGACGGGGAGGACCUGGUGCAGGCCCGCGUGCUGACCUGUGUGGAGGGGAUGAAUCUGCCAUUGCUGGAGCGUGCCAUCCGGCAGCAGCGGGCUCACCUGCAGGACAGGGGGCAGCCGGGCCCGGAGCCCGGCAGCUCCUGACCCCGUCCCGUGGCAGCGGGCCGGUCAAGGGUGGCAAGGACGAUCGUUGGGACCCCUCCUUUCCCCCCGGGAUAAGGCGGGGGCGCCUCCCCGGAAACCCCAACAAACUGGACCGAAACAAGAUGAGUAGAUUAAAACACGGGGUGAGCCUGAAAAUAAGUAUAGUUUCAGGAUCAAAUAGUCAUAUAAAUAUGUACCGGAAAUAAAAUAUUUUGCAUUUGA